CUUGUGGUUUUUCGGCCGACGUCACCAGCAAACAACCCAAAACCAACCAAUGACACGUCCUGACGCUGUUGCAGAAGUGGAGAUGUCUUAUGUUCGUUCCCACCAAGGAAACAGGGCGCCGUCUAGCGGUUGCAGUGAUUACGUACCACCUCUUUCUCCCAGGAGAAGCCUGGAGUCGCGAUUAGGACAUUUAUCUGUAGCAGAUAGCUUGGAUAAUGUUGCCCUUCAUAUUCCAAGGGUAAGAGUAGAAUUUUACGUAAAUGAAAACACUCUGAAAGAACGACUGCAGCUAUUUUUUAUAAAAAAUCAGCGUUCAAGUCUGAGAAUACGGAUCUUCAAUUUAGUAAUCAAAAUUGUACUGUGCGUCCUCUACGUCAUUCGUGUUGUCCUGGACAGCGGACCUCUUAAAGCUACGUGCUAUGGCUGUCCUGAUCCAAACAUCACAAGCGGAGGAGAAGGAUCUCACGACUUUAAUACAAGACCUAACGGACACAUCAACUGGGUAGCCAUACUAUGGGUAGACCGUUCGCUGCUUUUAUGGUGCAUCCAGGUUACUCUGUCGGCAAUAUGCUUCUCAGAGGCCUUACUGUUAGCGUACUUAGGAUAUAAGGGCAACAUCUGGCAACAACUAAUGUCCUUUACUUUAAUUUUGGAAUUGGUAAAUAACGUACCAUUCAUCAUCACGGUUUUCUGGCCUCCACUGCGUAAUUUGUUCAUUCCAGUAUUUCUCAAUUGUUGGCUUGCUAAGUACGCACUUGAGAACAUGUUUAAUGACUUACAUCGUGCCCUACAAAGAUCCCAGUCAGCGUUGUCUCAGCGUUUGAUGGUUUUAUCGGUUACUCUUCUUUGUUUGAUAUUUACGAGCGUCUGUGGUUAUCAGCACUUCCAAAGGGCUGGAAGUCUCCAUGUUAACUUGUUCGAAAGCCUGUAUUUUGUUGUGGUGACUUUCUCUACAGUGGGGUAUGGAGAUUAUAGACCUGAUUGUUUUCCUUCUCAACUCUUCAUGGUGGUGAUGAUCUGUGUUGCGUUAAUUGUUCUACCGACACAGUUCGAACAACUAGCCUACACGUGGAUGGAACGUCAGAAACUUGGCGGAACCUACAGUUUGCAUCGUGCUCAGAGCGAGAGGCACGUAGUUGUGUGUAGUACUACACUCAGAGCAGACACCAUCAUGGACUUCUUGAACGAGUUUUAUGCUCACCCUCUCUUGCAGGAUUACUUUGUAGUACUUCUAACACCGUGUGAGCCUGAUACGACCACCAAGAUGAUUUUACAAGUUCCCAUGUGGGCCCAAAGAGUGAUCUAUAUCCAGGGGUCGGCGCUGAAAGACGCAGAUCUGACUCGAGCCAGGUUGAAUGCGGCAGAGGCUUGUUUUAUGCUAACUGGAAGAAACUACGUUGAUCGAAACGCAGCGGAUCAGCAUACUAUCCUCAGGUCCUGGGCCGUCAGGGACUUUGCUCCUAAUGUUCCGCAGUAUGUCCAGAUCUUCCGUCCAGAAAAUAAAGUACAUGUAGCCUUUGCAGAACACGUGGUUUGUGAAGAUGAAUUUAAGUAUGCUUUAUUGGCUAAUAACUGCUUGUGUCCCGGAACGUCAACUUUGGUAACUCUUCUUCUUCAUACUUCUCGUGGUCAAGAAGGACAGACUUCAGCGGAAGAGGGGCAACGACUGUACGGAAAAUGCUCGGGGAAUGAGAUUUACCAUAUUCGGCUCGGCGAUAGUAGAUUCUUUGGAGAAUACGAAGGAAAGAGCUUCAGUUACGCAUCAUUUCAUGCACACCGAAAGUUUGGUGUGGCUUUGGUUGGAAUCCAGACGGACUUGGCAGGGACUUGGCCUAUAAUGUUGAACCCAGGUCCAUCAUAUGUUUUGAAAAUGUCUGAUAUUUGUUUCUAUAUGAGUAUUACCAAAGAAGAGAACAGUGCCUUUUUAACAAGUUCUUCUGGAGAGGAAACAAAGUCUAAAAAUUCAGGAAAUGAUAAAGUUUUACAAGGUCAUGAGCCUGAAGACCAGACAAAAGGAAGAAGAAAAUCAGAAAAUUUCUACUUUGGGCUUUCACCGCUCAAGUCAAAAAUUACAUUUGGCUUAAGUAAAAAGCGCCACCUAGAGGUUCCCAAGAUGGAUGGUGUACCAGGCUCAGAUGGUUAUUAUCCCCCUCGAGGAAGACGUCCAAGUAUCGCUCCAGUGCCCGCCAUGUUUGGAAAUGGCGAUUUUUCACCCGAUAGUGACGCUCAUGUUGAAACACUAAACGAAGAAGGAGAAAAAUAUCUAGAAAUUCCAUGGACUACUCCUACUGAAAGUUUUGGAAUUAUCAAGGGAUUUCCUCCUAUCUCUCCUUACAUCGGAGUAAGUCCAACUUUAUGUUACCUUCUGAAGGAGAAAAAACCGGCCUGCUGCCUCCAACUGGCCCAGAUCUGUGAACACUGUUCUUUCCGAAAUGCCAAGGACUACAACUGGCUCAACCGAUGCAUCAUCAUCGCCGCUGAUUACGCUAGCAAUGGCAUUUAUAACUUUAUCGUUCCCUUGAGAGCACAUUUCCACAGCCCUCAGACACUGCGUCCCAUCAUCCUCUUGCUUGAGAGAAGACCACACCAAGCUUUUCUGGAUGCUAUUUCGCUGUUCCCCUUGAUCUAUUGGAUGCAAGGUUCUAUAGAUUACUUGGACGAUUUACUGAGGGCAGGGAUAAACUUGGCGGACAGUGUGGUGGUGGUGAACAAGGAGAGCAGUAACUCUGCGGAAGAAGACCACUUGGCAGACUGUAACACAAUAGUUGCAGUUCAGACUAUGUUCAAACUUUUUCCCAGUGUUCGCAUAAUCACAGAGCUCAGUCAGUCCAGCAAUAUGAGAUUUAUGCAGUUUCGAGCUCAUGAUACAUAUGCUCUGCACUUAUCGAAAAUGGAAAAGCGAGAAAAAGAACGGGGUACACAUAUUUCUUACAUGUUCCGAUUGCCGUUUGCAGCUGGAACAGUGUUCAGCGCUAGCAUGCUGGAUACGUUACUCUAUCAGGCUUUCGUAAAGGAUUAUAUGAUUACCUUUAUCAGACUCCUCCUAGGAAUCGACCAAGCUCCAGGUUCUGGUUUCCUUUCUUCGAUGAGAAUAACAGAGGAAGAUCUUUGGAUCAGAACGUACGGACGUCUCUAUCAGAAGCUUUGUUCUACAACAUGUGAGGUGCCCAUAGGAAUAUGUCGAACCCAGAGUUCAUUAUCGGACGCCUCUUCUUUGUCGCUGGAGUUGUUAGAUAGUGAGAGGGCUGCCUUGGCUGCUGACGUGGAGAGACAAGAGAUCUGUAACAUGGUGAGAACACGCAUGUUCAACCUGGGCCUACCAAUAGAAGACUACGAUAAUGUGUCAGAAAAGAGAGACAGUCUUUCCUAUGUUGUGAUAAAUCCCAGCUGUGACCUGCAGCUUCAAGAAGGAGAUAUCAUCUACUUAAUAAGACCUAGUCCAAUUUCAACGAAGAAGAUAUUUCUUACUCGUGGCUCGAUCCGAGUGAAGAAAGAGAAACAUCAUCAGAACGAUCUACAUCAUGAAGUUAAUUCAGAAAUAAUACUGGAAGAGGCUACUUCUGCUGGACAAUACAGUCGUGAAAAAGAUAUUGGUGAACGUAUGGAUGGUGAAAAAAUCAGAGUUCCAGUACAUGGAACCAUUGGUGUUGAAAUUACACCACCACCCGUCGAGACUGUAAAUGGAACUGUGGUUUAGAAUGUACUCUUAAUUUGAUUAAAUAUUGAACUGGGGAAAUUUCCUUUGUCAGGAAGUUUCCAGUCUUAUGGUGUAAUCUCUGAAACUGUCUUUUACUUGUAAGCUUUUUUCACCUGGCUCACCGUUUCAAGGUGUAAGGAAAGAAAUUGGAAUAAGCUGAUAUUUUCAUACUCGCCUCCUAUCGAGUUAACAAACAUUGUACCGGUUGUGACAUAAG